AUGAAACUUGACAUCUGUUGCGCUGACGAAGCAGCUUCUCCCGACUUAAUAGUCACUAAAAACGAAACGUGCACUGUGCGCGACGUAAAAGGAAUACCACACCCUCGUAUGGGAGCUAUGCUGGUCAGCCGAUCUAUCUUACCAGUGAUCGUCUUAUUCUGUAUAACUGAGCUCGAUGCCCAAUCCGUCAGGCAUGUUCGUCGUCCAAAGCGAACUCAACGGCAUAUAUCCAGCCUACCCAUUCUCACUAUUGAGUUAGUCUCUCCCAUAAGAAAUCACAGUCCCACGUCUAGGAAUCGGCGAAUGCAAACGCCCAAACAAGUUGAUUAUGCAUACCACUACAAUCCUCAUCGUGUCUAUAGCGAUUUGAAUGACAUUUACGCUGAAAAGCCUCGUCGUGCAAGAGCUCACUUAUAUUCACAAGAAAAUGAUGACUCAAUUUCGUAUGUUCCCAGAUUUUCGAUGCGAUUACCAAAAAGAUCGCAAAGAAGUGCUUAUCUUCAAGGAGUGCGAGGAGUGGACGGCGAAAGGGUGCUUCCGAAACUGCCCUUCAUCAGUACGAGCCUGAAAAGAACCGAACCUGAGCCGCUGCCGAAGCCUCGACCAGCUCUAAGCAAUCUGAAUCGGAACGUCAUACCAAAUAUUUCUCUAGAGCCAACAACGAGCGGUAUAAAUGCGGGAGUUGAAGGAUUCGGCUUUUCACAAGACUUUAUCAACAUAGAUGCUGUGCCGAAAAUAACCGUAAAUGGAAAAGAUGGCGCAAUAACUACCACAUUGCUUUUAGAGGGAACAGGAACUGAAUCAAUGCAAGCCAACGCAACGGCUAACAACAUUAGCAACCGAGCUAUAAAACAUAGUUCUGCGCUUAGAACAGAAGCAACUCCAGCCUCGAACCCGGAUGAGACAACAGAGGAAAAGGCACUCACACAAUUAGAAUCUCCAAACGAAAUUCGGGAAGUCUACGGCCUUCCAAAUCAAGAUGUCGAAUUUGUCACUGAAGUCAAACAAUUGCCAAAUAAAGAAGCGCCGGACGGAGUUUCUUCCAUCCCAAAACGAAGAAAGAGCAAACCUUUGCCAGAAAGAGAAACUAUACAUAUAAAUCGAAGAAUUUAA